GCAUGCAAAAAGAGGCGAUGGUCGUAUAAUGUCUGUGUUAAAUAACGAUGGCAGCUAUGAACUAUUUAAUAGACAUACAUGUGUUCGACUUUGUUUAUAUCACAGGCUCCGACAACGGGAAAAUGUUAAUGUAUUUAGCUUUAACUUGUUAUAUAAAAACCUAAUUACAUAAGACGUAUACUUAAUUAUUUUGUCUUCAAUAUUUAAGCCCUUCAACCCAAGCAUAGGCGUAUAAGCAUCAAGCACUAUGACAAUCCUAGCAUAAGCCUUUUUAGUGUGAAGUUUCUUCGAAACCUCACAGUAUUGUGAUGACUGGGGGGAAAUUCAAACGAAACAGUCAGUCAUUCAGUCAGUCAUUCAUUCAUUCAUUCAUUCAUUCAUUCAUUCAUUCAGUCAUUCGUAAACUUUCCGGGGGGUGUAUAUGGUAUAUGUUCGUAGUGAUUUAUCGUACUUAGUCUGUGCUUUGAAGGUUAUUUAGGCAAUUUCAGUUGUCUUAUUUAAAUAUUCUUUAAGCCUUUUGUCAAGUUUUGCCAAGUUUACAAAAAUUUCGAGGAAUUGUUGUCGUUAUUGUAAAUUUUAUAACAUGCGCUUCUCAUGUUGUGUAAAGGAUCUUUACCCCGGAACACCCGAUUUUUUCUUUAGCAGCGCAAAUGCGCAUGCGCUAUCAAGCCGUAGAUCACGAUGGCGUGACGAUGCUAGGAAGGAGCGAGACAAUGUUGUUUUGAAAUGUAUAAACAUUUCAGACAUGAAUAUUGAGUAAAUCUUCGAGAAUCUACGCAAUAUAUAAAUUGAUGCUAUGCAUUCAAUUAAGUGCCGAUAUUAUUUAGACGGUAUAUUCAUUUUACAGAGCUAGCAAGGAGCUAGGACAGUGCUUUUAUUCAAGUGUAUAUAUUAUUAUUAAACAUUUUAGACGUAAAUAUUGAGUCGAAAAUCUUUGAGAUUCUAGGCAUUCAAUUGAGUGCCGAUAUUAUUUUCACGGUAUACCCAUUAUACAGAGGCAGGAAAGAGCGAGAGAGUGUUGUUUUCAAAUAUAUAAACAUUUCAGACAUGAAUAUUGAGAAAAUCUUUCAGAUUCUACGCAAUAUAUAAAUUGAUGACGUUAUGCAUUACCGGCGCCCAAUUAAGUGCCAGAAGAUAUAUUGUUUAGGCCGUGUAUUCAUUAAUUAUACAUUGGCCACAUUGGCUGUAUAAGGUGCUACACCACAGAAUAGAUGGCUACACUCAGUACAAAGAGGCGAAAGAGCGAAAAAUUGCAUAAGACAUAGCGUAAACAACUAUUAAACAGAAGCGGGUGUUCGUAUGGCGUUUACGAAGAAAAUAACUUGAGUUGUGAUCGAGACUAAAAGAAAUCAGUUGAGUCUGCAGAGCUCUUUAUUUAAACAAGAAAGACGAGGAGUUUAUAUAGCCAACGUGUUAUUGCCAAUCGCUUGGCUUGCCAACAAGCUUUAUGCAAUAGAAGAAAAAUAGGUACGCACUGCGUACAUGUGACUAGUCUCUCCUUUGGGAGAGAAAAUUGGAAUUCAUAUCACAACACACCAGCCCAAUGUCUGUAUUGUGUUGAAUUUAAAAAAAUUAUGGCGGUAUCGUGAAUAUUUAAGAAUUAUAAAACAUCUUUCUGCGUUGAUAUAAAGUUAUAUAAAGACUAUAAUGAGUUUUGUGGAAACACGAUGCCCGACGGGCGAGUGUUUUCAGUCAUAAUAAUAAACUGAGUAGACUCGAUGCAUGCCCGAGCGCCACGCGCGAGGGUAAAAAUUUCAACAUGCAUUUUUGGCUGCUAUGAUUAAACUAAUUAAAGACAUUAAAAAUGCAAUACAUUUGACCUUGAUAACUUUCGUAUUGUUGGUUUUCUCUUUUCAGCCGUAUACCAGUGGAUUCGUCUCACUUUUCUCUUUAUUUUGUUAGUAGUUUGAGCCCAAAAUAUUAUAAUUUGAAGGUUUUAAUGUACAGUUUUAAUAAGCGAAAUUGUAUUGUUGACAAAUCACUCAAAAUGAUUAAACUAAUUAUAAAAAUGCAGUCCGUUUGAUCCUUGAUAACUUCGGAAUUGUUGGUUUUCUCGUUUUCGGCCGUAUGCAAGUGAAUUCGUCUCACUUUUCUCCUCAUUUUGAUAGUAUUUUGAGUUCAAAAUAUUUUAUUUUGAAGGCUUUAAAACGCAGUUUUGAUCCUAACGUACGGACCAACUGGCGGCCGACAGGAAAAUGUGUAGCGUGCUAAAUAUAACUUUACUUGUGCAUGUAGGCGGAAACGCCGAAAGUUUUAUUUGUAGGCGGGCACCGCAUUUUAGUACUGUGUCUGGUUCUGUUUUAAUUUUCUUUAAUAUAAUAUAGCUAACAUGCAUGAAAAGAAUGUAUAUGCAAGUCUGCUACUGCAAUUACCUGCAAUGAUAAUACCCAUAUUACCGUAUUAAUAGUAUAUACUUCAAAAUAUUCAAUUAAUGUUCUGUCAACUUCAAUAUACUAUAAAGUACAUAUAAAAGGAAUGACACUUAUAAGUGAAACAAACAUAUGGUUUGCUAAAAACCAACUUGAAAUAUGUCGAGAAUAUUCUAAAGAAAACAUCAGUAACUACUUUGUUUGAUACUUUGAUUGUUUCUACUUUAAACGCUACACUUCAGUAAUAUUGUCAAUAGUUGCUUAGUGGUGAAUUCAAUAUCGGGCUAGCCACAAAAAAGCAAGGAGGUAGCCAAAAUGUACCGUCACGGACUUACUUUGUGUAGUGUCUAGCACAACGUCAACAGUGCAAACUCGUGUUCAGUGCAACGAUAACUCUACCAGAUCCUACGAGAAUCAAUCUGUACACAGAGCCGUUAGGUAUCAAAGCUUGUUAAAACUGCUAUAAACACUGCUAUAACUGUGAAACUAUUGAAAUCUAAAGUGACAUUAUUGAAUACAUGCGAAAAGCUGAAAAUGACUCAUGAAACGCAAUGUGACAUUGCCAUUGAGAAUAUAAAGUCAAAGUUCAAUCAGACUUGUUAUUGUGAAACAUGUCACAAUUAGGGGCCGAUUACAUGGAGAGUUUUCAACCCGGGCUAAAUUUCAGCCCGGUUAACCGAGUUGAAAUAGCAUCACGAUUACAUGGGCAAUUUGAACCCGGGCUGAGUUUUAGUCAGAGCUAUAUUUAUCCCUUGUAGUAAACAAACCUGGGCUGAAAUGUCAUCCCGGCUGAAAUCAUACGAUAUCACGAAAGGCAAUAUUCCGCUUGUUUGAGCAUUAGUCGACUAUUUGAUUUGUGUAAGACUGUGGUUGCAUAUAAAGUAUUAAAGAUGAGACGAAACGCGAAAUAAAGCCAUUUAAACGAUUGUUUUUUUAGCCCGCGCUGAAAUUAUUUGCGAUUACAUGGGAUAUUUCAUCCCGGUUGAUAGAGCUGAAAAUCUCAUCCCGGGUGACAUAAACCGGGGUGAAAUUUUAUAGGGGUCCCGGGCUGAAAUUUCAUCCCGCCGGUUUGCCGGGCUGAAAUUUCAUCCCGGGCUGAAAACCUCCAUGUAAUCGGCCCCUUAGAUCAGUGGUCAUAAUUAGGUUAAAAUGCGGAAGCGGAUGGAGCGGAUCCACGGAACGGAUAUGGGGAUAAAAUAUAGAACGGAUGGGGAUAAAAUGCGUUCUUUUAAUGAUACAACGUCGUAGUGCUUAUUAUUCAUAACAUAUUUUAUACAGCUAUUUGGGUGAUGGGAAUAAUCAUAUUAGAUAAGUUCAGCGUAUCAGUAGCCUCGUUAGGAUGCUUUUAGCGAAAGCUGCAAAUGCAAAUGCAAAUGAAGUUUUAGAAUAUGCAAAAUUUGGGUGUUGGUGAAACAAUUUAAAUUUCGAGUUGUCGCGUGUGGCAUCACAAUAAAUAAAUAAAUUGUAUCAGUUCCACGAGGCACGUUUCUGAUCAGUUAGGCUUGUUUCAAACGUGGCGCUACUCGUGUGCCGAACGCAUUAUAAAAUAGAUAAUGAGAUGAAAUGCCUUUGGUAAACUGUUUAUUUCGUAGUGUAUAUAAGCCAUCAGCCUUUCUAGGUUGUCGGCAACCCUAUAUAGUUCUUGCAGUGUCUUUUUCAAUUUGAAACUUCACACUAUCCUUGGAUCCCUAGUUUAAUUUAUAGCCUUACAAAACGUAUUAGCAAUCUGCAGACCAAUUAAGAUUACGAAAUAAAACCUAAUUCAUAAGUCAAAAGUCCUGUUAUUCCUGCCUAUACCAAAACGUUUCCUUAGCGGGACAAAAUUUGUCAUACUAUAUGAAAUAUAUACAAUGUAGUAAACAAUGUAGUUCUAUAAAUAGCGCUGCAAAGCUUGUACAUUUCAACACGCAACACAAAUAUUUUAGCGAUUGUGAUUCGUUGUAUAGAGAAAAACCACUGUAUAUAAUAUACAGUACACUUUUUGUGAAACAAAGACUUUAAUCAAUAUAUAUUGUUAAAUUGUAUUUACCAUUUGGUACAUACUCCCCGUGCGUUCGAAAAUAUCCAAUAUUGGCAAUAAUCAACAAAGUUUAUACAAGAAGAAAAGGUUGAUAUUACUAAGUUAUGCAAGUCCCGCAGUUCCGUUGUCGGCUGUUCCGCUAAUUAGUCAUAUCCCUGCGUGGCCAUGGGCCCAUUUCGUAUAUUAUGUGUGAAUCAUAAUAAAUAUUUUAUUAUCAUAUAUACGAUACACUCGAUUUUGCUGUUAUAGCCAUUGCUUUAUGAACAUUUGUCAUAUCAACUUUGCACUAUCCUUGGGAUCUCUGAUUUUAAUAUUGGGAUCUAUCCUUGGGAUCUCUCAUUUCCAAACUUGGCAUUGUCCAUCCCCAUGGUAUUUUUGCUAUAUUUCCUUUUAUCUGUCGACCUUCAUAUUUGCGCUCGUGUAUUUCUAUUGUACUUUUAAUAUAUCUUUAUCAUGUACAUUUAUUGUUUACACUUUGUUUUGACUAAAUUAAUCUUGUUUUUAUCACGUGAUCCCUUUUGUAUUCUCUAGUAUGAAAGCACAUGUUUUUCCGAACCUAUAUUAUCAACGUCCAGAAAAACGACCUUUUUUAGUGUGAAGUUUCUUCGAAAGUAUAGUGAUGAGUGGCGAAAAUUCACACGAAUCAGUCAGUCAGUCAGUCAGUCAGUCAUACAGUAAACUUUCCGGGGGGUGUAUACGAUUUUUGUUCGUAGUGAUUUAUUGUACUUAGUGCUUUGAAAGUUAUUUAGGCAAUUUUCUUAUUUAAAUAUUCUUUUAUCCUUUUGCCAAGUUCACAAAAAUUUCGAGGAAUCGUUUUCGUUAUUCAAGCCGUAGAUCACGAUGGCGUGACGAUAUGCUAGGAAGGAGCGACAGUGUUGUUUUCAAAUGUAUAAACAUUUCAGACGUGAAUAUCGAGUACAUCUUUGAGAAUCUACACAAUAUAUAAAUUGAUGUUAUGCAUUACCCGGCAUUCAAUUAAGUGCCGAUAUUACUUAGACGGUAUAUUCAUUAUACAGAGCUAGGAAGGAGCGAGACAGUGUUGUUUUCAAAUAUAUAAACAUUUCAGACAUGAAUAUUGAGAAAAUCUUUGAGAUUCUACGCAAUAUAUAAAUUGAUGUUAUGCAAUUAAUACCGGCAUUCAAUUAAGUGCCCAUCGAUGUUAUUUAGACCGUGUAUUCAUUAUACAUUGACUGUAUAAGGUGCUACACCACAGAAUAGACGGCUACAGCCUACACUCAGUACAAAGUCAAAGAGCGAAAAAUUGCAUCAGAUCAAUAAAGCGUAAACAACUAUUAAACAGAAGCGGGUGUUUGUAUGGCGUUUUAAUACGAAGAAAAUAACUUGCGAGACUAAAGAAAUCAGUUGAAUCAGAGCUCUUUAUUUAAAUAACAAGGACGAGGAGAUAGCCAACGUGUUAUCGCCAAUCGCUUGGCUCGCCAACAAGCGUUAUGCAGAAGAAGAAAAAAGCAAGGAGGUAGCCAACGUGUACCGUCACGGACUGUCUAGCACAACGGUGCAAACUCGUGUUCAGUGUAACGAUAACUCUACCAGAUCUGAUCUUACGAGAAUCAAUCUGUCUGUACACAGAGCUGUAUCAAAGCUUGUCAAAACUGCUAUAAACACUACUAUAACUGUGAAACUAUUGAAAUCUAAAGUAACAUUAUUGCAUACAUGCGAAAAGCUGAAAAUGACUCAUGAAACAGAACCACAGUGGUCAAAGGUCAAUGAGACUUGUUAUUGUGAAACAUGUCACAAUUAGGUUAAAAAGCGGAUGGAGCGGAUCCACGGAGCGGAUAUGGGGAUAAAAUACGGAACGGACAGGAAUAAAAUGCGUCUUUUAAUGAUGUAACGUCGUAGUGCUUAUUAUACAUAACAGGGCGUUGUUAAAACCCGGAAUGACGGAAUACGGCGGAAUAUCACGAAAUAUGCCGAAAUAUCACGGAAUAUGCCGGAAUAUCACGACAUUUUCCGAUGAUAGCCAUGCGAUUGUUUAUAAACAUGGACGUCUGACAACAUAUUUUAUUACAAAAGUGAUGGAUCUUUCCCAUUUUGACGGUAAGUAACAAACAAUAACUAUAUACUGGAAGUUUUAUGUGUUGUUUAUAUCAUUAUUACGAGUGUUCACCAAAAAUUUUGAAUCAGUACGAUUAAUUCCUCCAGAGUUUAUACAGCGUCUUGAAAAAUAAAAGUGCUGACGUCAGCAUUAUUUUCGAACCUUCCGAACUGUGAUAUACACAAUUUAGUUGCAAAUUCUUGGUUAAAUUAAGGUUAAGACGUGACUUCUUACCUGAUAUAAACAAGAAUUUAAACAUCUUGGCUCAAACCUUGGCUUAAACUGGCCUUUAUUUUAGCAUUUGAUUUGGGGGUGGUAGCUAUAAAAAUUAAAAUGGCCAUUUUUUAAUAUACCACCAAGCUUUGUCCAAAAAUCAAAUGCUAAAAUAAAGCCAGGAAAGUUUGAGCCAAGAUGUUUAAAUUCUUGUUUAUAUCAGGUAAGAAGUCCUGUCUUAACCUUAACCAAGAAUUUUUAACUAUUUAAAUUUUGUGUGUAUAUGACAAUUCAGAAGGCGUUCGAAAAUAAUGUUGACGUCAGCACGUUCAUUUUUCAAAACGCUGUAACUCGUAAUAAUGAUGUAACUUGGUGAACACUCGUAAUAAUGAUAUUUAAAUCAGUAUAUAUCAACAUACAAACCUUCCAGUGUAGAGUUAUUGUUUGUUACUUACUGUCAAAUGGGGAAAGAUCCAUCAAUUUUGUAAUAAAAUAUGUUUUCAGACGUCCAUGUUUAUAAACAGUCGCAUGGCUACCAUUGGAAAAUAUCGUGAUGUUCGGGUAUAUUCCGGGAAAAUGUCGUGAUAUUCCGUGAUAUUCCGCCAUAUUCCGUAAUAUUCCGCCAUAUUCCGUGAUAUUCCGCCAUAUUCCGUGAUAUUCCGCCAUAUUCCGUGAUAUUCCGGCAUUCCGGGUUUUCACAACGCCCAUUCAUAACAUAUCUUAUACAGCUAUUUCAAUUAAAGUUGUCACUGAGACAAUAGUCAAAUGUGCAAUAUGGGCGCUAAAAGGAUGAUGGGAAUAAUCAUACUUUUAAAUAAGUUUAGCAUAUCAGUAGCCUCGUGGGGAUGCUUUUAGCGACAGCUGCAAAUGCAAAUGAAGUUUGAGAAUAUGCAAAAUUUGGUUGUUGGUGAAACAAUUUAAAUUUCGAGUUCUCGCGUGUAGCAUCACAAUAAAUAAAUUGUAUCAGUUCCACGAGGCACGACGUUUCUGAUGUGUUAGUUCAAACGUCGCUACUCAUGUGCCGAACGCAUUAAAAACAAUAGAUAAUGAGAUGAAAUGCUUUUGGUAACUGUUUAUUUUGUAGUGUAAGCCAUCAGCUUUUCUAGGUUGUCGGCGACCCUAUAUAGUUCUUGCAGUGUCUUUUUCAAUUUGAAACUUCACACUAUCCUUGGAUCCCUAGUUUCCCGGAUCCAUAUUUUUCAGGUAGAUAUAUCAUCUACAAAAGGUCACAUUUCCUAACUAAUUAUGUAUAUUAUUAAAAAUUUACUUAAAAUAGGUUGGAGGCUUCAAAACGAUCCAUUGCCAGCCUAACAGCAGAGAGCAAACAAUUUAAGAAGAAGUUGUACAAGCUUCCACAGUCAUGUGAGGUUUGUAUUAGUUGCUGUUCUCUUCAUAGUGUACACUAGGUGGCAAACUUUGAAAUUAUGUCUGAUCAAUCGGAUGAUUCUGUGUCCACAUCAGCUAGCUCGGUGAUAGGUAAGACAAAAUGCGGAACCUAUCAAUGUGAUGUUUGCAAGAAGAAAUUUUCAAAUUCACAAUUAAAAAUCCAUAAAAGAAUACAUUCUGGAGAAAGACCUUAUGAAUGUGAUGUAUGCCAGAAAACAUUUUCAUAUAAAAACAGCUUAAAACUACAUAAACGAACACACGCUGGUGAAAAACCUCAUGAAUGUGACGUGUGCAAGAAGAGGUUUUCAGUAAUGGCACAGCUAAUUUGCCAUAAAAGAUUACACACUGGAGAAAAACCUUAUAAAUGUGAUGUUUGCCAGAAAUCAUUUGCACAACAAGGCUAUUUAAUACUACAUAAAACAUUUCAUACUGGAGAAAAGCCUUAUGAAUGUGAUGUUUGUAAAAGGAGAUUUGCACUAUCAAAGACCUUAAUAGUGCAUAAAAGAAAACACACUGGAGAAAAACCUUACCAAUGUGAUCUUUGUGAGAAGAAAUUUGCCUCAGGAAGUAAUUUAAUAUCACACAAAAAAACACAUUCGAAAGAGACACCUUAUGCAUGUGAUGUUUGUGAUAAGAGAUUUUCCAGGUCAGAUAGCUUAAAGCAACAUAAAAGAACACACACUGGAGAAAGGCCCUAUCAAUGCGAUGUUUGUCACAAACGGUUUGUGCAACAAAGAGUCUUACAAGUACAUAAAAGAACACACUCCGGAAUAAAGCCUUAUGAAUGCAAUGUUUGCCAGAAAAGAUUUGCACAAUCAGGCACAUUAGUAACCCACAAAGCAACACAUACUAAAGAAAAACCUUAUGAAUGCGAUGUUUGCAGAAAGAAAUAUUCUAUAUCAGCGCACUUAUCAAGACACAAGAUGACGCACACUGGAGUCAAACCAUUUGCAUGUGAUGUUUGCCCAAAGAAGUUUCACAGAUCUGAUGGUUUAGCUGUACAUAAAAAAUCACACACAGGAGCCAAAAAUUAUGAAUGUGAUGCUUGCAAAAAAAGGUUUAUCUUAUCUGUACAUCUACUAGAACACAAAAGAACACAUACUGGGGAAAAGCCUUAUGAAUGUGGUGUUUGCGAUUACAAGUGUUCUUCAGCAAGUUCUUUUACAAAACAUAAAAGAACACACACUGGUGAAAAACCUUAUGAAUGUCAUGUUUGCGAGUACAGAUGUUCUACUUCAAGCGCAUUAGUAGUGCAUACGAGAACACAUACUGGAGCCAAACCUUAUGAAUGUGAUAUUUGUCAGAAGAGAUUUUCCAUAUCAAGUAGUUUAGCAGUGCAUAAAAGAACACACACUGGCGAAAAACCUUAUGAAUGUGAUGUUUGUAAUUAUAAAUGCACUUCAGCAAGUUCUUUAAUAGUACACAAAAGAACACAUUCAGGUAUUAAACCUUAUGAAUGCGAUAUUUGUAAGUACAGAUGUUCUAGCUCUGGUUCUUUAGUAUCACAUAAAAGGAAACAUACUGGAGAAAAAGCUUAUGAAUGUGAUGUCUGUAAGAAGAGAUUUUCGUCAUCAAGUGCGCUUUCAUCACAUAAGAAAACACAUAGUACAGAUAAACAAUAUGAAUGUGAUGUUUGCACCAGAAAGUUUUCUUUAUCACAACACUUAGCCAGACACAAAACAAUACAUGCACAGGAGAAGAAAUAUCAAUGUGAUGUUUGUAUGAAGAAGUUUUCACAAUCCAGAUAUUUGGCCCUCCAUAAACGAAUACACACCGGAGAAAAAGCAUAUGAAUGUGUCGUUUGUGAGAAAAGAUUUCACCAAUCAAGCGGCUUAAUAGCACAUAAAAGAACACACACUGGGGAAAGACCGUAUGAAUGUGAUAUUUGCAAGAAAACAUUUUCAUCAUCAAGUGGCUUAGCAAGGCACAAAAAGACACAUGGUGGGGACAAAUCUUUUGAGUGCGA